CUACUGCUUCUUCUUCUAUUUCUUUAAACGCAUAAUUUAAUCUAAUAAGUAAUUAACAUUAAGUGAAUAUUCAUAAGUUUUUGAUAUUUUUGCUCCUUUGUUCGACCGUUCAUGAAGGUCGAAAGCUAAGUUUCAAUCUUUACGCAUCGCAACGGUUUACGACUUGUGUUGGUUUUGCAAGUUCUUUUAUUUCGAUAUUUAAAUCUGGUUAUGGACUGUCUAUGGAUGAUCUGAUAGCUUCUUUUGCGGCAGGUAACCACAGUCAAACAGACAAAGUUUGGUCUGAAAUUACUCCGUUUUCAACAACUUCACCUACAGAAGAUAUUAUUUCAGAAGUUGCAGCUUCUGAGAUUUAUAGUUGGAAAGACAAUGCAGUUCAGUUAGAUCCUUUUAAUUUUGAUGAAUUCAAUAGGCAAUUAGACAAACUCUAUGGGCCUCAAAAGCCACCAAAAAGAAUAUCAAUGGCUUCUAAGAGCUACGUUGGGAUAACCCCUACCUCUGAUUCUGUUUUUCAAAAGUUACUCCGGUUGGAUGCUCCUGAGCAUGGCUUGCCUGAGCUAAGGCAUGGUGCCGUUAGUAAAUUACUACGAGAGCACAUGUCCUUUUGGAACCAAGAAAGAACAAAUGUUCAUCGAAAAACUGGGGCUGUAUUUUGCUGGUCAACAGCCUACAAAAAACAAAAGUCUAAAGAACGAAUUCAGCUCACUAGUCCUGCUACUUCCCCUGCUUCAAAGUCUCCUGGAAAUACUGUGUUAUUGUCGCCAAAUAUGAAUCAAUCUUCCGUUAGACAAGGUGCAGAUAUGUAUAAGCCCUCUUUAAACAAAAACGGCACGCUUUCAAAUAAUAAAAUCAAGCCCAUGAACCGUCAAGUUAAUCUAUUAUCUUCAUCUAAAGAAAGUGAGGAAGAGGUUCUCCCUCUUUCCGAUAGUUCGUCUCCCACCUCCGAUGACAAUACAAAACACUCACAAGCAAGGCAAAUUAACAAUACAAAAGAAGGACUUUCAGCGAUAAGCACACCAGGCGUGAAAAAGCUAGAUCUUCAGAAUCAUGGUUCUGUUCCUGCGAAUAUUGAGUCAUUACCUUCAAAACCAGAUCCUGUACAAUUGAUUCAAUAUAAUACCACAAAAAAAAGCUCAGAUAUAACGGAUGAAAUUAACUCCAUACCUUCGACGGAAUGGGGUGAUUGGAUGAGUGCAAAAACAGAUUCAUCGUCAAGAAACUUUAAUGAUCGACAAACCGAUUUAUUACUUCUUUCAUCUCGUGAUGAAUCAGAAAAGCUGAGCAAGCAUUCUGAAGAAGCUUCGGAGUAUGCACCAUCGUUGCCGUAGCUUUUAGUUUCUGACUUCCUGAAGUUGAUUGCUAUAGCUUUCCAUAUUUAUUAAUGAGCUUUGAGUUACAAUAUGCUAGAUAUAAAACUGUUGAAUAGCUAUAAUUAUUUAAUUGUGAGUAAAUUUCCAA